CUGCUUUACACCGGUCCACCAAAUCAUGCAGCACCACCACCCACAUUGACCUUGGGAUGGUCCCCACUGCCAGACGUUGAACCUGCUCCUGAAUCUUGAUCUCCUGAUAAUUACAACACUUCUGAGGCUGGCCACCUGGAACACUAUACUUCUUCUGGAUUCCGAAUGAAAGAAAUAACUGCGAGACCAAAUGUUUGUGGAGAAUAUUCAAGGGAAUUUGAUGUACAGAAAAAAGUUCAUAAAAUUAUAUCCUCUAUAGAAAAUGUUGACAACACGACAAGUUCUCCAGUAAAAUCACUGAAUACAGGUUUUGGUCAACUUACUUUACCGAUAUGGAAAAAUGGUCACUGUGGUCUUCAUGGCGCAACACAUCCACCAAGUCAUUUCGAUAAUACAGACUGAACUAUAGCUAGAAUACAAUAUUUAUACAUUAAACAAUCACCACGAAAAUGAAAAACCAAGGAGGGAGAAUGGCGGGAAGCAUCAUUCUAACAUUGGCGCUGUUAACUGUGGUCGCAUCGUCACCUUCCGACGGUAGGACGGACCCUGUGAUCGGAAUAGACCUGGGCACCACGUAUUCGUGUGUUGGAAUUUUCAAAGACGGACAUGUUGAAAUUCUUCCGAAUGAACAAGGAAAUCGAAUCACGCCAUCUUAUGUUGCCUUCAAUGCUGACGGGGAAAGGUUGAUCGGAGACGCCGCCAAAAAUCAACUGACUUCAAACCCCAAAAAUACGAUCUUUGAUGUUAAACGAUUCAUUGGACGAGAAUGGGACGAUACAACGGUGCAGAAAGAUGUACAAUAUUAUCCUUUCAGCAUCGUGAAGAAACACAACAAACCCCACGUCCGGGUACUUGUAGGCGAACAGGAGAGAGUGUUCGCACCAGAGGAAAUUUCCGCCAUGGUGCUGGGGAAAAUGAAGGAAAUAGCCGAGGGCUACCUCAAGCAAAACGUCACCCGAGCUGUAAUUACAGUCCCGGCGUAUUUUAAUGACGCCCAACGACAGGCAACAAAGGAUGCUGGGACGAUAGCAGGUUUAGAGGUGCUCCGAAUCAUCAACGAACCAACCGCGGCUGCCAUUGCUUAUGGACUAAACAAAAACGGAGGAGAAAAGUCUGUCCUGGUAUUUGACUUGGGUGGAGGUACGUUCGAUGUGUCGCUCUUGACAAUUGACCAGGGAGUGUUCGAAGUCGUAGCUACCAGUGGAGACAACCAUCUUGGAGGGGAAGACUUCGACCAGCGAGUAAUGGAUUUCCUGAUCAAGAAACACAAGAAAUCUAAACAUGUGGAUCUACGAAAAGACGACCGUGCUCUACAGAAGUUACGUCGAGAAGUAGAAAAGGCUAAGCGAACACUCUCCUAUCGUCAUGAAACACGUAUUGAAAUAGAGUCUCUCAUGAAUGGCGAAGAUUUCUCUUACACUCUUACGAGAGCCAAGUUUGAGGAACUGAACAUGGACUUGUUCCGAUCAACUUUAAAUCCCGUUAAACAAGUUCUGAAGGACGGUGACAUGAAAGUCUCGGACGUUGAUGAAAUCAUUCUUGUGGGGGGAUCCACACGUAUUCCCAAAAUACAGCAACUUGUCAAAGACUUCUUUGGCGGAAAGGAGCCAAGUCGUGGUGUUAACCCAGACGAAUCGGUGGCAUAUGGUGCUGCUGUUCAGGGGGCGGUGCUAAGUGGAGCAGACGAAACUGGUGACGUCCUUGUUGUGGACGUCAACCCUCUCACCUUGGGAAUAGAAACAGUGGGUGGAGUCAUGACUAAACUGAUUCCACGCAACUCCCCCAUUCCUAACCGGAAGUCACAAAUAUUUUCUACAGCAGUCGACAACCAGCCAACGGUGACAAUUCAAGUAUUCGAAGGCGAACGAGCCAUGACGAAACAUAACCACCUUUUGGGAACAUUCGAGUUGACUGGAAUACCACCUGCUCAGAGAGGAAUUCCUCAAAUUGAAGUGACUUUUGAAAUAGAUGCAAACAGUAUUCUGACAGUAUCAGCAGAAGACAAGGGGACCGGAAGUAAGAAUAAAAUUACAAUUCAAAAUGACAACAAUAGAAUAUCUCCAGAAGAGAUAGAGAAGAUGAUUAAAGACGCUGAAAAGUUCGUCGACGAAGACAAGAAAGCCAAAGAAAUCAUUGACGCUAAGAAUGAACUGGAGCAUUUUGCAUAUUCACUUAAAAACCAGAUAAGUGAUAAAGGGCAACUUAAAGAUAAACUCAGUGAUGAGGAUACAACUACCAUCCAGGAGGCAGUAGAGUCUACGAUUGGCUGGAUUGAGUCCAAUCCUGACCCUGAACUUGAUGAUCUCAAAGCAAAGAAAUCCGAGUUAGAGAGUAUAGUACAACCAAUCACAAGCAAGCUUUAUCAAGGAAACCAGAGUUCAAAGGCCGGCGAUCGAGAGGAGCUUUAAUAAAUGGGUUUUCUUCAUAAAGUAGGCUGGACCUUGAUCUGUGAUAUCAUUAUAAUAAGAAAAUGUCCCGUCACUAUUUAUUUCCAUCUCUCAUUUUUAUCAUACCGUACAAUGCUAUGCGUUGUUCAUAUUUGUUGUUUGUUCAGUAUUUUUAUUACGUUAAAUAAUAAAACUGUGAAAAAAGU